UUACUAGAUGAAAUUCUAACAUUUCAGAAUACAUUAGUUCUAAAUUAACAAUUUUAGGUUAUUUGGUUGUGCAGAAUUGUUUUUCAGAAUUUUAGUUGUAAACUUUUGUGGGAGCUAUCAUCAACACUUCCACCUCUGCCCCCCCGAGGAGGAGGAGAGGAGGUUGUAAGCGAGACACACCCGAAUGCCCAUUCGAUGGAGUCUUGAUAAAGGAGUUGAACUAGACUGCCAGUGGGUUGAGUUUGAUGAUGUCCGCUACCAUAUUCAGGCAACUGUGAAAAAUCCAAAUCUCCUCCUACUAUCACUAUCUUUACCCGCACCACCUCCUGAAACUGUAUUUUUUGGAGGACUUCCUCAAGGAGCUAUAGAAGCUAUAAAGGCAGCAUAUGGUGUGGUUCUACAAGUUCUUGAUCCCCCAAGGGAUGGUUAUAAUCUUACAGUGAAAUUGAACCUGUCCAAGCUUCCUCCAGAUGAAGAGCAUAAGCAAGCAUUCCUGAUAAAGAUCGCUUCUAUAAGAGAACUAGUACAGGGUGCACCACUGAGAGCAGUAUUUAAGCAACUAGUCUCCAGGGGUGUAAAGUCUGACUUAAACAAGAUUAUUUCACUUGUGCAUCGGCCAAAUGAAUCAUUUUUUGUUUUCCCUCAGGCAGAUAAGGUGACUGUGAUUUUCCCAAUGCGAUUCAAGGAUUCCAUAGAUACUGUUCUUGCGACUUCUUUCCUUCAGGAAUUUGUGGAAGCAAGGAGAACUGCUGGACUUAACAAUGCCCCUCCUUGUCUGUGGUCCUCUUCUCCCCCUAAGGAGUUGGAAGGUUCUCCAGAUGAGGCAUUAGCAGCAAAUGCCGGAUUUGUCAGCUUUGUUAUUUUUCCUCGCCAUGUGGAAGGCAGAAAGCUGGAUAGAACUGUUUGGAGUUUAUCAACAUUUCAUGCUUAUGUCAGCUAUCAUGUCAAGUGUUCAGAAGGUUUCAUGCACACAAGGAUGAGACGUCGGGUGGAGACAUUGAUAGAGGCUCUAGAUCGUGCCAAACCAGAUUCAGAGAAAGCCAAGAAGAUUGAACAGAAUAGAUCCUUCAAACGACUGAGUAUCAAGGACGGCCGAAACAACAACUCAAAGUGAGAUCUGCUCAGCCUGAGAGAAGGUGUAUGUUACCGAAUGGGGCAAGGCGAUCUCUGCUCGCGAUAAUUCAUCCAACUCAUGAAGCACCUGUUGUUUGUAUACCAUACAAGUUUUGCCUUUAACAAAUGGGAUGAUAAAUUUCUUGCCUUGAUUUGUAAAUCCAUCAAAAUGAAUAUGUUUCCUACUUGGCCUCUCUCACCAAAUGGUAUUUCUCUCAACUUGCUUUCAAGCUCUAACUGUGAAAAACUCCGUUUUUUCUUCUCUUUUUUAUUUUCUGUUGUAUAUUGCUGAGGAAGUUAAGAUCGAUGGAUGGUUUGUUACAAUUUGUUUUUUAGAGAAUUAAAUUAAAAAACUUCUCUUUUCCUUUUC